UAAAAAAAGGGUGAGCAAUGAUUCAGUGCAACAGACACUAAAGUGAUUAUGGUGAGCCGCCAAUUCUCAUUGAAAAAUCCGAAACAAUUCAAAGGAUCAGAAUUACCAAACUAAACAAUCAUCAAAAGAAUACAGAAAUGAAGGCGUCGUUCAAAGCUAGAUAUGAGCCAGACAAGGCCGCCGCCUUCGCUACCGUCACCGCCAAUGCCGGAGACUUCAAACUGCGCGCCUCCAUGACCGACGCCACCAUUGUCAACGGCCCCUGUUUAAACGGUUUAGCCUUGGCCGUUGAAAAACCUGGUUUCUUUAUCAUCGAUUACAACGUUCCCAAAAAAGAUCUCAGGUUUCAAUUUAUGAACACAGUAAGGGUAGCUGAGAAGCCAGUAAACUUGACUUACAUUCACAGUAAGGGUGAUGACAGGACAAUAUUGGAUGGGAGUUUGGUGCUUGAUCCAGCUAACAAAGUCUCAGCAAAUCACGUGUUAGGGACGGGGAAUGCUAAGUUAAAGUAUACUUAUGUGCAUGGAGGUUUGACUACUUUUGAGCCCAGUUAUCAUUUGGGGAGGAAUUCGUGGGAUUUCAUGGUUGCACGUAAAGUUUAUGGGGAUGAUCUCUUCCGGGCUACAUAUCAGACAUCAAGUAAGAAUUUGGGUUUGGAAUGGUCGCGGACUUCGAAGCUGAAUGGAUCGUUUAAGAUUUCAGCAUCCCUUAAUUUGGCAGAGGAGCAAAAAAUGCCAAAAUUAUGUGCUGAGACUACCUGGGAUUUUGAAAUGUGAUCCUUUUGCUUGCGUUUUGUCAUCUGUUGCAAUUAUUUAAAUCUGGGAAACGGGUUCUUAUCCGUGAAUUCAUAUUUUUAUGUCGUUUUAUGGCACUGUCAUUGUUUAUGUUGAAACUGACCCGAUUGCCAUUCUAUGGUUCAAUUUUUCUAAGCAUAUACUGUUCUCGAAUUCA